CAUCUGGUCCCUGUUAUCGAAUGUGAGUGUACGGGAGGAUUAUUACGCUGCAGCGAUAAUAGGAUACGCAUGAACUGGUUGCCUGGAUGUAACUGACUACGGGGAGAAAGUUUUCAAAGUAAAGUAAAGUUGGUAAUUGUGACCGGUAACUAUCCAGAGCUCUUACUCGGAAGAAAACAGAGUUCGGAAACAAACCCACAAACUUUCCUCUGCAGACAGUAGCCUAUUCACAUGUGAAUUUCUUAGAACGGGAACUAUCACUCAAUUUUGCAUCUCUGUAUGGGGAAAACCGCCCUUUUGAAAGAGAUAUCGGAAGGUUGUGAACUUCAAGAAGCGACUUCAAAGCUGCAGACGUGGAAUUUAGAGGCUAUCCGUAUAAAUAAUUGCAGCCCCGGGCAGAAAAUGUGCCGAUGUUCAGAGGCUUGAUUUUUUACUUCUCUUUAGUAAAGGCACCCAGACAUGGUGACGAUGGAACGUUUCUGGUAGUUAUAGUGAAGCAAGAAUCAACAGGUUCGGAGCAGGAUUCGAACUUGUAGAUGGCGUGAAGCAUAGUAGAACCUAGAAUGCUGUACGCAUAAGUAGCCUAUCAUUCCACCUAUCUAAAGAAUAUGUCAUUACAUGAAAGUAUACUGCGACUCCAGUUUGCAUGUCAGAUGCAGUAGAACUGUCACUUAUUUAUUAUGGAUAGGCUAUAAUGCGAGGCAAUAUACACUUCAAAGUACCCGAUGUUUUGAGAGCACUUUUGAGCUACCAUUUUCAGUAGACUUGCUACAUUCAAUGUCGGUCAACUUUGCGCCUAUACCCCGUCAAGAAGUCGUGAGCCAGACAAUGUCUGCCUGCCAGCCCAUGUCUGCCUGCACCAGCUCAUCCCCUCCACCCUUACCUCGAUUAUACCCCGUGUCGCAACCUCCAGCCCCUCCGACACCCUCACCGUCCCCAAGUCCGCCGGCCACACUGUACAGCCGGCUGUCCAACGGAAGUCUAAGCGCCCCGAGCCCUACCAACUCUCGGGGUUCUUUCCAUGGGGUCUCUUUUCUCCUCCAAAUUGGACUGACCAGAGAAACAGUGAACCUUGACGGCAGCGACGUGUCCCUCUCUGCAGUGAAAGAGCUCGUAUGUUCCAUUGUAGAUCAAAAGUUCCCAGAGUGUGGCUUCUUCGGCAUGUACGACAAGAUCCUGCUCUUCCGCCAUGACCUGAACUCCGACAACAUCCUCCAGCGUCUCAUGUCAGCGGAGGACAUCCACGAGGGCGACCUGAUUGAGGUGGUCCUCUCUGCUCUCGCUACCGUCGAGGACUUCCAGAUCCGCCCACAUGCCUUGUACGUGCACUCCUACAAGGCUCCGGCCUUCUGUGACGACUGUGGGGAGAUGCUGUGGGGCCUGGUCCGGCAGGGUCUGAAAUGUGACGGAUGUGGGCUGAACUACCACAAACGCUGCGCUUUUAAGAUCCCCAACAACUGCAGUGGUGUGAGGAAGAGACGGCUGUCCAACGUGUCCCUCCCUGGAGUCCUGCUGUCAGUCCCCCGGCCAGCCCCCAUUGAGCAUGUGCCUGUACCCCAGGAAGAGAUAGGGGAGAGGCGCCCUCUCCUGGGAGCUGGGAAGCAUAACUCCUUGUUGAGUGGCAGGCCCAUUUGGAUGGAGAAGAUGGUGCUGGGUAGAGUCAAGGUGCCCCACACGUUCUCGGUCCACACCUACACCCGGCCCACCAUCUGCCAGUACUGCAAACGCCUGCUCAAGGGCCUGUUCCGUCAGGGCAUGCAGUGCAAGGAUUGCAAAUUCAACUGCCAUAAAAGAUGUGCUGCCAAAAUACCAAGAGAUUGCCUCGGAGAGGUCGUCUUCAAUGGAGAGCCAGCCAGCCCGGGCCCAGACUCGGAGGCCACCAUGGAGGUGGACAACAGUGAUGUGAACAGCGAGGGCAGCCAGAGCAUGGAAGACCCUGAGGAGCCCUCCACCCCGGACGACAAGAUCUUCUACAUCGAGGGGUCCUGUCUGGAUGGCGAGAAGGACGAGGAGACGGUCAAGGCUAUUAGCCCCUGCACCAGUAGUAACAUUCCACUGAUGCGUGUGGUCCAGUCCAUCAAACACACCAAAAGGAAGAGCUCCACCAUGGUCAAGGAGGGCUGGAUGGUCCACUACACCAGCAGAGACAACCUGAGGAAGAGGCACUACUGGAGGUUAGACAGCAAGUGUCUGACCAUGUUUCAGAACGAAAGUGCGGCCAAGUAUUACAAGGAGAUCCCCCUGUCAGAGAUCCUCCAGGUGGAGCAGGCACGGGACUUCAAGAGCCUGGCCCAAGGCAGUAAUCCCCAUUACUUUGAGGUCAUCACAGCCACAAUGGUGUACUAUGUAGGGGAGAAUAAUGGAGGCCACUACCACAACCCCGUGCUGGCAGCCUCUGGUGUGGGCCUGGAGGUGGCCCAGAGCUGGGAAAAGGCCAUCCGGCAGGCCCUGAUGCCCGUCACCCCCCAGCCCAGUGUCUGUACUGGUCCAGGACAGGGAAAGGACCACAAGGACCUCUCUCUCAGCAUAUCUGUGUCUAACUCCCAGAUAAAAGAGAAUGUGGAUAUCAGUUCUGUCUACCAGAUCUUUGCUGAUGAGGUCCUGGGUUCAGGGCAGUUUGGGAUUGUAUAUGGAGGUAAACACAGAAAGACUGGGAGAGAUGUGGCGAUCAAAAUCAUUGACAAGAUGCGGUUCCCCACCAAGCAAGAGAGCCAGCUGAGGAAUGAGGUGGCCAUUCUCCAGAACCUCCACCAUCCUGGGAUCGUGAACCUGGAGUGCAUGUUCGAGACCCCCGAGAGGGUGUUUGUCGUCAUGGAGAAGCUUCACGGUGACAUGUUGGAGAUGAUCUUGUCCAGUGAGAAGAGUCGCCUCCCCGAGCGUCUGACCAAGUUCCUGGUCACCCAGAUCCUGGUGGCUCUGAGGCACCUCCAUUUCAAGAACAUCGUCCACUGCGACCUGAAGCCUGAGAACGUGCUCCUGGCUUCGGCAGAACCCUUUCCUCAGGUGAAGCUGUGCGACUUUGGCUUUGCCCGUAUCAUCGGAGAAAAGUCCUUCCGGCGCUCGGUGGUGGGCACGCCGGCGUACCUGGCGCCCGAGGUGCUGCGCAGCAAAGGCUACAACCGCUCGCUGGACAUGUGGUCCGUGGGCGUCAUCGUGUACGUCAGCCUGAGCGGCACCUUCCCCUUCAACGAGGACGAGGACAUCAACGACCAGAUCCAGAACGCUGCCUUCAUGUACCCUCCAGCACCCUGGAAGGAUAUCUCUGGGGAAGCCACAGAUCUGAUCAACAACCUGCUGCAGGUGAAGAUGAGGAAGCGUUACAGUGUGGACAAGUCUCUCAGUCACCCCUGGCUCCAGGACUAUCAGACCUGGCUGGACCUUCGAGAGUUUGAGACUCGCAGGGGCGAGCGCUACAUCACGCACGAGAGCGACGACGCGCGCUGGGAGGAGCACGCCGACGAGAGAGGCCUGCACUACCCCAAGCACUUCAUCAUGGCACCCAACCUGGAUGACAUGGAGGAGGACCCCUAGUGGCCUGGAGGAGUGCCCGCUUGUGUUUGAGCUGGAGCCCACACUGGGCACCCACAUGCCACAUCUGUUAAACUCCCUGUUCCCUGGAGCCUGCCACUGUUUAGACUAACACGGGAGACACAUGGACAUGCAUGUACUGUGCGUGCGAUGAGGUGUCACUGUACCACAUGGAGCAGACAGGAGCCGCUGCCCAGGUGUCUCUGUGGUAGCACAGUGAUUGACCUGAGAAGGCGAGUGACGAAUAUUCAGGCGGUUCCGUUUUCUUCAACAUUCCAGAGAUCUCACGUGGCUUUUUCUCCGUCUCCACUGACUGCCUUUCUCUACAAGCCAUAUUCGACACGUCUGUGUUUUGGGAUAACCCUUCAACAGAAAUAAACUUCUGCACCGCCAUUCAAUCCAGGGAAGGGCUAGCCUAUGUUUUUGGACCAUUCCAAAAGACGUUGAAGCUUUCAAGCUCCGUAGCCUAUUUUUCGAACGUUUGUAUCAUGCGUAUUUUAAAUCUUCUCACUUUCAUGACUACAUUUACCUCGAGAGUGCUAUUUUUUAAAACAUUCAUUUCAAAAGUUUCAUGAAAUGCUAUUGAACUGGAACACUUACUACAUCCGAAAUAUGCUAAUGUUUUGAAUAUAGUGAAUAUAUAUUUCUUUCUUUUUGGGUGAUGUUUUUGCACUAUUGGUUUACUCCUUGAAUCGUUGGCUUUUUUGGCCAUGAAUGAAGAAAAGUUGGGAAUCAGCAGCUGCUACACACAGUCUUAAAUAUCUCACUUUAGAUAAUGCCUUAGAAAAAAGUGUUGUGGUGAGAUUUAAACCUGAGAAAGAAUAUUUACUGUUGUCAUUCUGUCCUUUUAGAAGUAAGAACAUUUUCAUCCAAAUCGCCUUAGGUUAGCACUAAAGUUUCCAAAAACAUUUGAAAACUAUCUGGAAUCCUAUAUGAAGGUAAUGAUUUUAUGCUCUCCAUAAAAGCCAUAAAAGACUUUUUUUUCAUAUUUUGUUUUCGUUUUUUCGACUUUUCCAAACAUCCCAUUUGUUGUCAUGCAUCUUUUUUUUAAGAUAUUGUUUUGCCCUUUUUCUUGGCUUUGUCAGACAGACAGUUGAGUGACAGGAUAUGUGGGGGAGAGAGAAGGGAAGACGUACAGAAAUGGCCUGAGCCGUAUUCGAACCCGGGCCCCCGUCAGGGCUAUGGCCCAUAUGGUUUUCACCCUACCCAGUGAGCUUACAGGGCGCCCAACUCAUGUCAUCUUCUAAACUCUGCCUUAAUCCCCCCCCCCUCCCCCGCUUUGUUUGAUUGCAUCACAUGGACUCUUUUGUUACAGUGUAAAAACGAUGGUGCUGCAUGUGGAGAACUGAAUUGAGUUCAAGGCCAGGUUCUCCAUGGCCGUGAGCGACUAGGCAGAGAUGGCACACUCAGGAAAGGAACAGGACAGAAACCAAGGAUAGCAGCACAUGGCUACAGCAUUCUAUAUUCAAGCCUCUGUGUUUGUGAUACAGAUAUGUGAGAUGUACUAUGUUACACCGUGUCAAAGAAGACAAUGAGAGUUGUUAGUUUGCUGUGAGAGGUGGAUGCAGCCUGUUAUGCCUUUCAAACAGUGUGGUGGUGUGUUGCUAUGUGGGUCCUCAAACUCAGAAAAUAUCAAUAUUUUUUGGGGACUGGUCAUCCAGUCAAGAUGUGGUAUGCCCCACUCCCUCUCGCCUUCUCUAUUUUGGUAUGAAGAUAUUUUCGAUUUUCAAUGUUACUGACUUGGACUGUGAAUCAGUUAGGUAUGAAUUUUGCCAUAGUGUAAGUGUAUAUGUCUAGUAGGCUAUACAAAGCACGUUUGUGUGGGUGAUGAAGUAAUCCUGAGAAUCAUUUUAAGUCUGCUUCUGCCACUGGAUUGGCAGAAGUUAUGUUUUCUGUAUUUUAGGAUUGACAUAUCUAAUAAACCUGUCUCUUAA